AGGGAGAGGAAAGGGGGAAGGGAGGGGAAUGGGGGAAGGGAGGGCAAGGGAAGGGGAAGGCAGCGAGCCCCCAGUUCCCGCUCAGCGCUGGUGCAGAGCGGACGGGACUCGACUCGACGCCGGGCACUUUCUCCAUGCUGCAGAGUCACCACCCUGUUAUAACGAACUGUUCCACUUAUUCAAGAGGUACGGGCCUAGGUGACAUUUGCGCGGCAAUUCUCGCUACAUCGGGCGGAAAAAAAUUAAAUUCAACCCCGCCGACAAGGUGCAUAAACCGCGAUGGAAGGCACGCGCGGGAGGACAUCGAUUUGGUCUGUUGGUCUCCUGGAGACAUCAACGAAGCUGUUGCUCAUGAUCUGUUUGACAUCGACAGCCACGGCCUCGGAGACCGACAGCCAACAGCAGAACCCGAGAAUGGUCAUCAACAGCGUAAAAGCAGGAGCUCAUGAUGUGUCCCUUUUCCUCACUACGUAUAAUGUUACUUCGACACAGGUCACAAUAUCCUUACGAAAAACUGACACCAGCAAUAAAACCAUCAUUGAGAUCUUCCAAAUCCCGACCACAAAUGAGAACCUGUCACAACCACAACCUGAGCACAGCUUUGUGUACCAUGCUCAGCAUACAAUAAGCAUGCUCAAGCCAGACAAUGAGUAUAAGGUGUGUCUAUCUGCUGGUGAUUUGCAGCAUGAGGGGACGCCUUUAAUAUAUGAAGGAUGCUACAGAGUUAUGACACUUCCUGCUGUUGACAAUACCACGGGAAUAUAUGCAGCUCUAAUAGCAAUGGUCAUUUUGCUCUUGACUGCUGCAUUUAUAUGGGGAAUAUACCAUCUGUUUCUCCACAAGUUUCUUUCUGAUAUAUUUUCAGGGAAGAUAAGGAUAAGUACUCCUAGACAAGAAUCUCAGUUUAAUGGUGUCCUGCAAGAAUCUCAAGACAUUGAAAAUGCAUGAAACACAAAUUUCCUCCAGGAUUUAAAACAAUGGACAGUGAAAAUAUAAGUGUUUCAUAGUUUUCAGUCAUAAGACUUUUCCAGACUUUUCAGUGGGUGUCAAUGGUGCAUGCCAAUUAAUAUGAACAAGCAUUUUCAAUACAUAUUAUUUUUUUAUACUAUUUAUUCCCACAUUCCUAGUCUUUCUUUACUUCCUCCAAUCUUUUUACCUGGAAGAUCUCCUAUGCUUUGAGAAGAGGGGAAAAUGAGAUAUAAUACAGAAUAUAAUUCUAAAUGAA